AUGUUUGGGUGAAGCAGGGAGCCAGCCGAAGCGCCCCUCGGGUGGGAGCACCGCCAAGGUAACAUGCGAAAUCAAAACCUCAUGGUGCUGCUUUCUGCCCUGUCACUGGCUGGAGGAUCUGCCGGGAAUGGCUUUGAAACUGAUGGUUCAGGAGAUGGAUCACCGAUGUUACCCACUGUUACAGUAACGCCUCCUGCUACACAUUCUUCCACCGCAGAUGACCACGAGCCAGUACUUGGCACUGCAGGUGCUACUGAAAGCGGCUCUGAAGCAAGAAGUACUCCAAGUACUGAAAUGGAUACCGUGAACGAUCAGGACAGCCUAGAUGCAGCAGAACAGUCUAUCUUGAUAUAUGUUGUCCCUGUCGUGCUGCUGGUCCUGCUGAUUUUGCUCAUCGUAUUUUUUGUAAUACACCAUAAAAGGAAAAAGUCUAAGCAAGAUGAGCUGGGAAGCGAAAAUGUGAAAAGUCCUAUUUUUGAAGAAGACACACCCUCUGUUAUGGAGAUAGAAAUGGAAGAGCUUGACAAAUGGAUGAACAGCAUGAACAAAAACGCUGACUGUGAAUGUUUGCCUACUGUAAGAGAAGAAGAAAAAGAAUCCAUUGCCAAUCCAAG